CCAAAUGACCUAAUAUACUGUAUUUUGUCGUGAACGCGCCUGUCCGUCCAUCUGACGCCGCAGGAGGGCGCUCUGCCCGCUCACACACGUGCAUCUCAUUUACACAGCGUUGACUUCUCACUUUGAAGGAAACGAUGGAGCAGGAAAGUUCCUGACGCCGUGUUGCUGGGACUGUCCACAGGAAAACGGCUUCUGUGUCCCGACGUCAGCGGCUCCGGUCUGGAUGUCUGUAUGGAUUCACCGACACGGACAUGUCUGAAUGUUGGAAAUGCUGCUGCACGUCCUUCUGUGGCUCUUCGUUAUCACAACAGAUAGAAUAUCGUCUCUGUCACAGCCGGACUGUGGUGGUGAGGUCAGUCUGGACCAGGGUCCGGUGGGUCACGUCCUCCUCCCUGGGCCCAGUCUGUCCAGCAGGGGCAGUGUUUGGAGCUGCUCGUGGGUGAUAGAGAUCCCUGAGGGCAGGACUCUCCUGUUGGAGCUGGCACAGAGUCCCGGUGGUGCCGGUGUAUCGGUGCUGUGUGGUGACGUCACAGGAGCUCACCGUCAGGUCCUGGGGGGUCAGGGGGGGGCUCUGCUCAAAGGCUGUGGGGGAAACCAGGCUCACAUCACUUGGACAGGAGACGGACGUUCUCCUGAUGAGAUUCAGCUGUCCUAUCAGGUCCAGGAAGAUGAGAGGACUUCCUGGUCAGAGUCGGACCGCACCGGCCCACCUUCGGCCCAGACCCUCACCCACUGGACUCAGACGAGGACCAGCUUCACAGGCGCACUUCCUGUAGGGUCAGAGGUGAUGACGAGGACAGAGGAGGUCAGAGGUCACCUGCGUGGAGGUGAAGACUCCACUCAGGACCGUGGGCCCACCUCACCCCUGACGGGACUCUGGGUCGCUGGGAGGGGAACCCCCCCUUUUCCUGAGGAAGGACCAAACAAUGGAGCGGAAACAUCUGGAACUGUUCACAGCACUGAGCGUCCUGUAUCUGUGACACACCCCUCUUUUGAGCACACUCUCCACACAGACGUAUUCACCACAGAAACCGACUCUGGACCGGAGCACCGGCAGAACCAGAACCAGAACCAGGUCUACAGCUCCGGUCUACAGGAGGAUCCCACACCGUCCACCUCCAACAGUCCACCUUCUGCUCUCUAUUCCACCAGAGGUGGCGCUACAGUCCCACCAAUUUCACAUGACGAAGACGUGAGUGCGACGCCCAAACCCAGUCAGUCCCACUCCUGGAGGAUCCACAGAAGCACAAAGAGACUGGGUUCUGAUCCGGUCACCUCUGACCCUUCCAGAUCGCCCUUCGUCGCGGUGUCACGUGACUCGGACGGCGUUCAUGCUGGAAGCCCGACCCCUGAGUCGUACACGCCGACACCUACCGCUGCCUUCAGAUCGCCUGCCCGUCCUGUGGCCCCAGAAUGGACCGCUCCGAACCCGAGCCCGGCCGACUCUGGUACAGCUUCACAGUCGGAGCGCGGAGCAGAGAUUCACAGUCGGACCGCUGCCACCCAGAGGACAGAGCGCCUGGGCCACACUCCUCACCCCGUCUCCACGUUCACCCGGCCACAAACGACAGCAGAAAACACACGGCUCCCUGGUACAGACCAGCUCACAGACGGGACGCUCACUGGUUCAGCACCCACACCAGGAGACGGCCCGGCGUCACCCGCUGUAGAAAGUACUAGAACUGAAACACAGACACUGCCCCCUAGCUGCACACUCCUGCAUGAACAGACACACCAAACGUCCGCUGGUCCACCGUCUUUACCAUCGAUACCAGACUCUGGACCGUGGUACAGACAGACCACCCACUCAGUCAUGCCCUCGUCCACCUUGUCACCUUGUCCCAGUCCCCCUUGUCCCAUCCACCCUGUCCCCUCCACCCUGUCCCAGUCCGCCUUGUCCCAGUCCACCUUGUCCCAGUCCCCCUUGUCCCAGUCCCCCUUGUCCCAGUCCACUCUGUCCCAGUCCACCUUGUCCCAGUCCACCUUGUCCCAGUCCCCCUUGUCCCAGUCCCCCUUGUCCCAGUCCACUCUGUCCCAGUCCACCUUGUCCCAGCCCACCCUGUCCCAGUCCGCCCUGUCCCAGUCCACCCUGUCUCAGUCCACCCUGUCCCAGCCCACCCUGUCCCAGUCCGCCUUGUCCCAGUCCACUCUGUCCCAGUCCACCCUAUCCCAGUCCACCCUGUCCCAGUCCGCCUUGUCCCAGUCCACCCUAUCCCAGUCCACCCUGUCCCAGCCCACCCUGUCCCAGUCCGCCUUGUCCCAGUCCACCUUGUCCCAGUCCCCCCUGCCCCAGUCCACCCUGUCCCCGUCCACCCUGUCUCAGUCCACCCUGUCCCAGUCCACCUUGUCUGACCAGGAAACUGUUCCUGCGUCCCCACCAGCACCAGCGGUCAGUCCUUCACAGACGGCUCUGCUCCCGUCCACGACUGCCGGACUAGUUCUCAGGGUCAGUCCUGGUCUCAGUCUGGCAGACCACGUUCCCUGGUCGUCAGUUCCCGGACUCACCACCACGUACUCCAGCACAGCUGCACCAUCACUGCAGCCCCCCCACAGGACUACUGAAGGUUCUGGUCAGGAGACCAAGUCCAGACCGACAUCUUCAGCCGAAACCUCAACCUCAGCAGCGACGCAGAGAUCCACGACCAGUCAGACGCCGCGCUUUUACGUGGUUCCAGACCACCCUGCGGUCAUUAAAGUGGAGUCCAUCGAGCUGCUGCUGCAGAUAACGGUUGAAGGAUCAGCCUUUAACUCUGGCCGUGAAGAAGACGCCACCGCCUGGGUGAGAGUGAGAGUCGGUGCAGCACCAGCUGAGAAUUCACCUCACCAGUCAGUUCUUGGUCUGGUCGAAGGACGGAACUCAAUUUAAACACUCAGUAAAUUGUUCAGGUUUUUAAAU